CUUACAGACAAAAAAAGUAGUAUAAAAACACACGGAGAUUCCAAAGCAAAAAACGGCACUACUUUUGCAUCAAAGAAGCGACGAGAUACAGCUCCUUGCAUCAGCUUUUGAUCCGGUUAAUUGCUCUUUGAGUUUCCACGAUGGACAUGGACGAUCCCAUCAUCUUCACCGACAAAAUCCCACCCUCCUUCGACCCCACGGGAACUUUGUUCAAGAAUGCUGAAGCCAAUGGGUUUAAUGCGCGAUCGAUCGUCCUGCUUAUUGUUUCAGGACUAUUGCUCAUCUUUCUGGUUGGCAACUACGCGCUAUACACGUACGCACAGAAGAGUCUUCCACCACGAAAGAAGAAACCGGUAUCGAUGAAGAAGCUGAGGAAGGAGAAGCUCAAGCAUGGUGUAUCGGCCCCGGGGGAGUAAGAAUACCUUGGCUUUGGUACUUGGUAGUGAGACAGAGAGACUUACCAAACACUUUGUGGCUUGUAUGCAUCAAUCAUGUUUCAAAGAAUACCUCUGAGGUUUGAUCAUCCUCUUGAUUAAAUACAAAG